AUGUCGAGCUUUAUUCACAAAGUAAAGGAUGCCGUGACCGGUCAUCAUGAUGAAUCCAAGACAUCCAGCAGCAAGAUCGAUGAUGCCCGCGAUACUUACGGAUCCUCACACAACACCACGGACAACGCUCCUGGCAAACACACUUCUACUGGCGCAGGCUCCAAUACCUAUGACUCUGGCUCUGGAGGCGGCUAUGGUAAUACAUCCACUACCGGUGCUGGAGGCUAUGGAAGUGGCACUGGCGCCGGUGGCCUAAAUUCUAGCUCCGGUUAUGAGACAGGUACCUCGACUGGCGCUGGAGCUGGAGGCUACGGCACCGGUGCUAGCACUGGCCACAGUGGUCACAGCUCUGGUACCGCCUACGACUCCCGCAAGGGCCCAACUGAUGCCGGCUCGGGAACGUCUGGGAACUACGGCAGCAAGUCUGAUACCUACGGAUCCAACACUGCUGGCGGAUAUGGCUCGUCUAACACUGGCUCCAGUACUACCAAUGCUGGUCCUCAUGACUCUAAGAUAGCCAACAAGCUUGAUCCCCGUGUCGAUAGCGAUCUCGACAACCGAGGGAAGCACGCUGGAACUACAGGCUCCAGCAACACUUACGGCAGCAACACCGGCCGUUCUUCUGGACAGACCGGCUAUGGCUCCGGUGACACUUACGGCAGCACCACUGGGCAGGCCAGUCAUGGCUCCAGCAACCCCUUGGCUGGUGGCACCUCUGGUCACUCUUCUGGACAAACUGGCUAUGGCUCCGGUGACACUUACGGCAGCAACACUGGCCGUUCUUCUGGACAGACCGGCUAUGGCACCGGUGACACUUACGGCAGCACCACUGGGCAGGCCAGUCAUGGCUCCAGCAACCCCUUGGCUGGUGGCACCUCUGGUCACUCUUCUGGACAAACUGGCUAUGGCGCCAGUGAUACCUACGGUAGCACCACCGGUCACUCCACUGGAGGUCACUCCACUGGACAAUCCGGAUAUGGCUCGAGUAAGCCUCUCUCUGGUAGCGACAACUAUGGUAGACAGUCGGGCUAUGGAUCUGGCAACACUGCGUCUGGGAACGACAACUACGGUAGCAACACUGGCCGCUCCACUGGACAGUCUGGCUAUGGCGCCAAUGACUCCUACGGAGCCGGCGGUGGUACCGGCUACAAUGACCAAACCUCAAAGACCACUGGAGCCCAUGGCUCCGAUCUAUUGAACAAGCUUGACCCCAGAGUUGACGAGAAUGCGGCGUUUGGUAGCCAGCGCAACUACUAG